AUGCCGACCCCGAGUAACAACCACCCGACUUCGAUCGCCGAGGUGAUCUCCACCCGGACUUGUCCCCCGGAACUUGAUCGUAUCUCCGCCUGGAGAGGCUCACCGGACUCGACUGUUUCCGCUAGCGAGGCUAUUGAAGAUGCACUCACGCCGGCCAGCGUCAUUGCACCAUCCGUGCUGAGUCGUUCUGACGAUGGAAGCACGCUCUUGGCGUCAGAGCCGGUGAAAGUGGAGAGCAAGAUGACCGGCGCGACGGACGACGAGACUCCGCGCGAGAGGUCCAGCUCUCCCACGGAUAUUUGUGCUCGCAGCCAAUCGCCCGUCAUGCCGCCGAACUCCUCUCUGCUGCGUUAUGAAUUUUCAAAUGUUCGGCUCCUGCCAAACUAUUCCUCGUCGUAUCUCCGCUCCGGGAGCAGAUUUGUUGGCACGCAAAUGUCAGACCAACAGGUGUAUAAUGUCGACGUUGAGAUCAAGCACGUGGACAUGGCCGAGUCUUUUCUCUGCGGCUAUCUUCGCAUUCAAGGGCUUACGGAAGAUCACCCAACCCUGACUACGUUCUUUGAGGGAGAGAUUAUUGGUACCAAGCACACGUUCCAGACUCGCAACGAGGAAUGGGGCGCCAACGAGAAGACGGAUAUUCAUCACUGGUCCCGGUUUCCUGCUUGGAAACCGCUUGCGAAGCAGGCGAAACGGACCGACUUUACCUACCGCAACUUUGCCCAGCGUGAACACGUGUUUAUGAGAUGGAAGGAAUAUUUCCUCGUUCCAGACCAUCGGGUGCGAACUAUCUCUGGCGCUAGCUUCGAGGGUUUUUACUAUAUAUGCUUCAACCAGAUUGAGGGAUCUGUGAGCGGCGUUUACUUCCAUGCGAAGAGCGAGCGGUAUGUCACCGUGACACUGGAGAUCAAAAUUGAUUUUGCUGACAGAAUCAUCAGGUUCCAACAGCUUGAGCUAAAGCAUGUCCAAGACCAUGGAUGUGCGCCAGCAGUCGAGUUCCGCUAA